GUCAAAGCUCUCAGCUUUUGUUUAGCUUCUCCCAAAAUUCCGGUAAAAAUAUUAGUAACGCAGUUUAAUCUAACAGGCGAAAAAGAAGAAAAGAAAAGACGGCUGGCGAUAUGAAUCCAAUGCGGCAAAUGAGGCAAUUGCAGUUACGCAUCACGCGCUUAGCCCAGCCCGAACUGCACUGGGGUCCGAAUGAGGAGCAGCGACAUGAGUACGAUCGCUUCAUACCCACGCUGGUGGCGGCGCAUCUGCAGAACGAGAAUCCGAUGGAGGUGGAACGCUUUGUGCAGAAUCUGCGCAUCAUAUUGCAGCGUCAGCGGGUGCACUUCGAUGUGGGCGAUGGCGAUGGCAAUCAUGUGUGGAGCUGGGCGAGUCCGGCGCGCCUACAAGAUCAGGAUGGCGGUGGGGAUCAUCUGCGGACGCGACAUCGCAUGCAUCUGCCGCCAAUGCUGCCACCAAUGCUGCCCCCCGGUGCUCCGAGGCUGCCCGCAGCUCCAAGACUGCGCGACGACAGACGCAGGGCAGACGCAUAGCUGGAGCAGCCCAUUUGUUGGUGUGGUCGCAAAUUGAUUUUGUCUAGCGUUCCGAGUGGGCAAGUGGGAUGAAGUCCAGCCAAUGCUCCUACCCGCAAAUGCAUUGUGUUUUAUUAUUAUUAUCCGUUUUGUUGUUGUUGUUUAUUAUUAUCGUGUGGGCUAGCCCUAGACGGUGUCAGCAGCUCACACACACACACACAAACACAAACACAGACAGACAGAGACAUACACACACACAAGCGCGCGCGCACACACACACAGAGGCAUAUAAUAAUUUCCUGCUCAAUGAACAAUUACCGUAAUAAAGAUACAUCUCGGCUACUCUAUUAUACGCACCACAAGCACAAAAACCCCACAAAUGUACAACUCGAAUAAAAAGAAGA